GUCGCUGGUUAUGACGCUGGAGCGCCCAAUACUUGCCUUACACCUCGAUUGACCUAGUCCUGCUGUCUGUAUCUGUACCAUGAGCAAUUUCACACAGAACCCCUUUGCAUCUACUCAUUCGCUUGAUGCGAACCCCUUUGACGACCCUACGCCAUAUGCAUCAAAUUCUGUCCUUCCGAAGGACGAUAGUGCUACGAGACUCGAAGCAUUGAGCCAACGAGAACGAGACCUUGAACGACGAGAGCAAGAACUGAACCAAAAAGCAGAACAUAUCCGCAAGCAUGGUCGCAAUAACUGGCCUUUUUUCUACCCUCUCAUAUUCCACUCAAUACCUGAUGAAAUACCGGAGGCUUCAAGACCUCUCAUUACUCGCUUGUAUCAGCUAUGGCUUGUGCUUGCGGGCACUCUUGUCAUCAACAUGGUAGCUUGCAUAUUCAUCCUUGUCGCUGGGGCGGCUGGUGGCGGCAGUGAUCUGGGUUCAAGUAUAGGAUACCUUCUGGUCAUUACACCACUGUCGUUCCUGCUGUGGUACCGACCGAUAUACAAUGGCUACAUGAAGGAGCAAGCGCUCUAUUAUUACCUGUAUUUUUUCUUUGGAGGAUUCCACCUCCUUUACUCAAUCUACAUGAUUAUUGGUAUCCCUAGUACUGGCUCCGCUGGGCUUAUCCAAACGAUUCGGAUGUUCACCGGUCACCAUUGGGUAGCGGCUAUAAUCGGUAUCAUUGCAACAGUUGGGUGGGUGAUUCAAGGCUUGGGCAACGCCUUCUAUUAUCGUCAGAUUUGGGCCCACCACAAAGCAGCUGGUCAUUCCGUCGAGAAGGCAAAGACAGAGUUGGCGACGCACGGAGCGAAGGCGUACUUCACGCGAGGUUGAGCACUGUUUUACCCUUUGAUCGCGUUGUGGCUGCGUUUCGUCUUUCGCAUUUACUUAAGCUUGGAACUGUAGUGUGACUAUGUAUUCCCUUAAUUAUUUUUAGUCUGUUCUGUAUGCUACAGUACAAUGGAUGUUAUUCUGCUCACCGCUGGAUGGUUUUGGCCUCCAUUGUGGCCACCGAACAAUGGAUUUCUUUUGUUAUUGUAUGGGCGCCAAACAAUUGAAGAUUUGCUGAGGGAAAUUGAUUGGAUUACCC